UAUGAAAAUAUUUUAAAGUUUCUCCUGAGUUAUUCAUAUUUUCUCAGGCUCAUAGUCAUAGAAAACUAGAAAGUGAUUCUGAACUGUUGAUUUCCUUCCUUUAAUCUGUCCCCCCCAAAAACAUUACUUUUCAUAUUUUCUUCCUCACAUUUAUCAGUACUUGAAAGUGUCAUCAUUUUUUAAAUUACAUAAAUAGUCACAUAAGCUCCUUGAGGGCAGGUAUUUCUCAUUCGCUGUAGUAUCCUCAGUGCCUAGAAUAGUGCUGAGUACAUAGAUACUCAGUAAACACUUGCUGGCUGGCUGUUACUGCUUUUCCAUCUUUCCAGUCCCCCUUAAGUGUUUUUUAUUUGGGAAGUAGGGAAAAUACCAUCCAACUUCUAGUGAGAGCUUAAAAUGAGUAGGUUCUUAAAAUCCAGUGCCUUAUUUUGAUUGGCUGAGAAAUGUGAUUGGCAAGGUAGAAGGGCAUCUGGACCUUUUAGCAUAAGAGCUCUGCAUUUAAUAAUUUGACUUCUCCUUUUCCUGAAGCCUUGAGGGAAAUUUUUCCUUUCCCUAUUCUAGUCAGCCAAGAACCUGACCUGGGCUGACUCUAACAUUGGAGAACACUGAACACAGUAUCUGCUGAGCCAAGGACUGAGAGUCAAGCUCUGAUACUAUCUGAAGGAAAAGCCUGAAUUCAAAUCCUGCUUUGCCUACUGACUCAUCUUGCAAACCUAGAUGAAUUUCUUAACCUCUUCCAGGUUUAAAUGUUCUUAUUUGUCUGGUGAGUAAUCUUACCUGUCUGGGCUUGUGAGGAUACCUGGCUUAAUGUUCUCAAAGCUUUUUACAGUACUGUUGCUGUGGCUCCAGGAGUUUCCAGGAACUACUGGGGGCAGUGUGGUACUCCAGGGAGGAGAGCUGGACUCUUUUUCCCAAAGACUACGCAGAAAACAGAAAGAUGUGAUCCUUCGUGAUUUGAAAUCGGCUCUACUUCAGCCUCCUAAUGUUGUUGGUGGAUGAAAGAUUUCCAUGAAGGCAACUUACAAGGACCUGAAUGGCCUCAUUUUAGCUGCUUCAGCGUGUAGAGCUAUUGCUCACUCCUUCUCUUCCCGGGCCUGGUGUGACAGUGGCUACUGAGGACCAUGAAGGUUGUUCCAGAGAAGAAUGCUGUCCGGAUACUCUGGGGGCGAGAACGGGGCACUCGGACCUUUGGAGCUCAGCGACUUCUGCAGGAGCUGGUGGAAGAUAAAACCCGGUGGAUGAAAUGGGAGGGCAAGAGAGUAGAACUGCCGGAUAGUCCACGCUCUACCUUUUUAUUGGCCUUCAGCCCAGACAGGACUCUCUUGGCCUCCACCCAUGUAAACCAUAAUAUCUAUAUCACGGAGGUGAAGACAGGCAAGUGUGUUCACUCUCUGAUUGGACACCGCCGCACUCCAUGGUGUGUCACUUUUCAUCCCACCAUCUCAGGCCUUAUUGCUUCUGGCUGCCUAGAUGGGGAGGUUAGGAUUUGGGAUUUACACGGUGGCAGUGAAAGCUGGUUCACAGAUAGCAACAAUGCCAUUGCCUCCCUGGCUUUCCACCCUACGGCUCAGCUCCUGCUGAUUGCUACUGCCAAUGAGAUCCACUUCUGGGAUUGGAGUCGACGGGAGCCCUUUGCCGUGGUGAAGACAGCUAGUGAGAUGGAACGGGUCCGUCUGGUGAGAUUUGAUCCUCUUGGACACUACUUACUCACAGCAAUUGUUAACCCCUCUAAUCAGCAGGGUGAUGACGAACCAGAGAUCCCCAUAGACGGAACAGAAUUAUCGCAUUACCGUCAGCGUGCCCUCCUGCAGUCACAGCCAGUGCGCCGGACGCCUCUCCUCCACAAUUUCCUGCACAUGCUGUCCUCCCGCUCCUCUGGCAUCCAGGUGGGAGAGCAAAGCACAGUGCAAGAUUCUGCCACCCCCUCACCCCCACCGCCUCCCCCUCAGCCCUCCACGGAGCGUCCCAGGACUUCCGCUUACAUCCGGCUCCGACAGCGGGUCAGUUACCCCACAGCCGAGUGCUGCCAGCACCUUGGGAUCCUGUGCCUUUGCAGCCGCUGCUCUGGCACUCGAGUUCCUUCCCUCUUGCCACACCAGGACAGUGUACCCCCUGCUCCUGCCAGGGCUACUACCCCUUCCUUUUCUUUUGUACAGACCGAGCCCUUCCAUCCCCCGGAGCAGGCCUCAUCAGCGCAGCAGGACCAGGGCCUCCUGAACCGGCCGUCUGCCUUCAGUACAGUCCAGAGCAGCACUGCCGGCAACACGCUCCGCAACCUCAGUCUGGGUCCCACCCGCCGCUCUUUGGGAGGUCCUCUGUCUAGCCACCCUUCUAGGUAUCACCGAGAAAUCGCUCCCGGGCUGACAGGAUCUGAGUGGACCCGGACAGUGCUCAGUCUGAACUCCCGCUCUGAGGCGGAAUCCAUGCCCCCGCCCAGGACCAGUGCCUCUUCGGUGAGUUUGCUGUCUGUGCUGAGACAGCAGGAAGGUGGCUCUCAAGCAUCUGUGUACACUUCAGCCACAGAAGGGAGGGGUUUUCCAGCUUCAGGGUUGGCAGCUGAGUCAGAUGGAGGGAAUGGCUCCAGCCAAAACAACUCGGGCAGCAUUCGCCAUGAGCUUCAAUGUGACCUGAGACGCUUCUUUUUGGAGUAUGACCGGCUUCAGGAGCUGGACCAGAGCCUGAGUGGGGAAGCGCCCCAGGCCCAACAGGCCCAGGAAAUGCUCAACAAUAACAUUGAAUCUGAGAGGCCAGGCCCCUCCCACCAGCCCACCCCGCACAGCAGCGAGAACAACUCCAACCUGUCCCGUGGCCACCUGAACCGCUGCCGCGCUUGCCACAAUCUCCUGACCUUCAACAACGAUACCCUGCGCUGGGAAAGAAGUGCACCUAACUACUCCUCUGGUGAAGCCAGCUCCACCUGGCAGGUCCCCAGUACCUUUGAGGGCAUGCCCUCGAGUGGCAGCCAGUUGCCACCUCUCGAGCGGACUGAGGGCCAAACGCCGAGCUCCAGCAGGCUGGAGUUGAGCAGCUCUGCUAGCCCACAGGAGGAGAGGACUGUGGGGGUGGCCUUCAACCAGGAGACAGGCCACUGGGAACGAAUUUACACCCAGUCCAGCAGAUCUGGAACUGUGUCGCAGGAGGCCUUACAUCAGGAUAUGGCUGAGGAAAGCUCCGAGGAAGAUUCACUCAGGAGGAGGCUGCUGGAGUCUUCCCUCAUUUCAUUAUCCCGUUAUGAUGGAGCAGGAUCCAGAGAGCACCCAAUUUACCCAGACCCAGCGAGAUUAUCUCCUGCUGCAUACUAUGCCCAGAGGAUGAUCCAGUAUCUCUCACGGAGAGACAGUAUCCGCCAGCGUUCUAUGCGCUACCAACAGAACCGCCUCCGUUCUUCCACCUCCUCCUCUUCCUCAGACAACCAGGGUCCAUCAGUAGAGGGAACCGACUUGGAAUUUGAGGACUUUGAGGACAAUGGUGACAGAUCCAGGCACCGAGCUCCACGAAAUGCCCGGAUGUCUGCACCUUCACUUGGACGCUUUGUCCCAAGGCGUUUCUUGCUGCCUGAGUACUUGCCUUAUGCUGGGAUUUUUCAUGAACGUGGACAGCCUGGCUUGGCUACUCACUCUUCUGUUAACAGGGUCCUGGCAGGGGCAGUGAUUGGUGAUGGACAGUCUGCCGUGGCCAGUAACAUUGCCAAUACUACCUACCGGCUCCAGUGGUGGGACUUCACUAAGUUUGACCUCCCAGAAAUCAGUAAUGCCUCCAUGAAUGUGCUGGUGCAGAACUGCAAGAUCUACAAUGAUGCCAGCUGUGACAUUUCUGCAGAUGGCCAGCUUCUGGCGGCUUUCAUCCCUAGCAGCCAAAGGGGCUUUCCUGAUGAAGGCAUCCUGGCAGUGUACUCUCUGGCCCCCCAUAACCUGGGCGAAAUGCUCUACACCAAGCGAUUUGGUCCCAAUGCCAUUUCAGUGAGCCUGUCCCCGAUGGGUCGAUAUGUAAUGGUGGGCUUGGCCUCACGAAGGAUCCUGCUGCACCCCUCCACGGAGCACAUGGUGGCCCAGGUCUUCAGGCUGCAACAGGCCCAUGGUGGCGAGACCUCCAUGAGGAGAGUUUUCAACGUCCUUUAUCCCAUGCCUGCUGACCAGCGGAGACAUGUCAGCAUCAAUUCUGCCCGGUGGCUGCCCGAGCCAGGGCUCGGCCUGGCCUAUGGUACCAACAAAGGAGACCUGGUGAUCUGCCGACCAGAGGCCUUAAACUCUGGUGUUGAGUACUACUGGGACCAGCUGAAUGAGACUGUCUUCACUGUUCACUCCAGCAGCCGAAGCAGUGAGAGGCCUGGCACCAGCAGAGCCACGUGGAGGACAGACAGAGACAUGGGCCUCAUGAAUGCAAUUGGGCUGCAGCCCCGGAACCCCACCACCUCAGUGACAUCUCAGGGCACCCAGACCCUGGCCCUUCAGCUGCAGAAUGCCGAAACACAGACAGAGAGGGAGAUCCAGGAGCCGGGGACAGCAGCUUCAGGUCCUGGUGAAGGCGAGGGCUCGGAGUACGGUGCCAGCGGGGAAGACGCUCUCAGCAGGAUCCAGCGGCUGAUGGCGGAAGGGGGCAUGACAGCCGUGGUGCAGCGGGAGCAGAGCACCACCAUGGCCUCCAUGGGUGGUUUUGGCAACAACAUCAUCGUCAGCCACCGUAUUCACCGCAGCUCCCAGACGGGCACCGAGCCUGGGGUCGCGCGCGCCCCCUCGCCCCAGCCCUCCACCUCUCGGGGACUGCUCCCAGAAGCUGGGCAGCUGGCAGAGCGAGGCCUGAGCCCCCGGACAGCCUCCUGGGACCGGCCUGGUACCCCUGCGUGGGACCCACCCCAGGCAGCCCUGCCCGCCUCCUCCCCCAUCCCCCUUCCCAGCACUGAGGGACCAGCCCUGCACUGCGACCCCACCAAUAACAACCACCUUCCCGAUGGUGGGGGCAGCAGCCUGGGGGAGGCUGCGGGCCCCAGUGGGGAGCCACGGAACAGGUAGAGACGUGUGUGCACUGGUUCCUCCCCUCGAACCGCUGAGCAGAAACCGGACCUCACAGCUGACUGGGAACUGUAUGCGCAGAAGAGCCGCGGGCUGCGGAAACAGGAAACAGGAGCAAGAGGGUGGGGGGUUGAGAGGGAGUCCGAGUCAGCCAGCGUGAGGCAGUCAAAGGGGCAAGGCUUGCCUCCGGGGACUAGAACCUUCUAAGAUCUGGAGCCCAGGGGAGCCACAGACUGCUGCGCUCAGUGUGAAUGGAGGUGGAAAUGGGUAUCCCUGCCAUGAACCCCCCUUUCUCCUGGAAACAAGGCUCAAGGGACUCAGCCCUGGGCAGAGAGCCCUCAGAAGGGUGAAUAGUCUUCCAGAUCUGGGCCAAACCAUCCUGGACGGUGGCCAGUGGGCCAGCUUCUCCCUGUUCACCUGUUGUGCAGGCAGAGCCACUAGGAGCCCUAGUGCAGGAGGAGCAGCCUGGCUCCCAGAAAUCAGCUCCAUUUCUGAGCCUUCCAGAGCUUCAGCCUCUCUUGAUCAUCUUACCCCACAGAGACCACAGUCAGGGGUCAGGCCAGGCCUCCAGAUUCCUGAGGACAGGGACUUCCUGCACUUACUGUUGGGGAACAACCAUGGAGUGAAUGGGGCAGCCUGCUUGCCUGAGACAGGAUGGGGUCAAGGGAUGGUGGGCAGGUCCUCGCUCAGGAGUGGGGGGUGUAGGCUGGCCAGCCCCCAGCGCUUGUCCACCAAGCUUCUCCUUCCCCACCACCCCCCAAGGCCCUCAGAGCAGCACCUGUGGGUGUCAGUAUUAGCUGAGCCUAGGCCAAAGCCAGCCCAAGGCUGGGGGAGGGGAUGAGACUCCAGGUCAGAAUGUGAGGUCUUGGUCUGUGAUUUAAGGUGUUGCAUGUGGAAUCUUGAACUGUACAUGUAGUUUCUAGUGGAGAAAUCGAGGCUCUGAUUAUUUUGUUUUUAGUAUGAAAAUGUGAUUUCUUUUCUGUUUGUAACUCAUCAUAGAAACAUUGUGGUGGGAGGAGAGGGGAUAGUCUGACUGCUAAUGAGGGAAACACCAAAGAUCUACAUCAUUAAAAUGAUGACAUGCCCCUCA